AUGAAGACUUAUGGCAAGCAUGGAAGGUCCAGAAGCAUAGUUACAACCCAAGAAUUGAAUAGUCAAGAUUUCAGCGAUGAUGAACAUCAUUGGGAUACUUUCACUAGCGAUGGACCUUCGGAGUUGAUAACACCAAAAACAAGUAUCGAUGAUAGCACAGCGGAUACAGUGCCAAAGCGGUUGACAACCAAUUUUGACAAGGGGUCCACUGUAGAUUUGGAAAUCUUCGGCUUUUUGGAAGAUCCUCCGCUUAAGAGGCGCCGAAGAACGCGUCAAUCUAAAGCCAAGGCGGACAACGAGGACACAGAUUGCGAUACAGCAGACACCUUUUUCUCGAGCCAGGCAGAGAGGAGCUUCCAAAGCACUAUUGAUGAUGCGAAUUCAAUGCUUUCCAAGAUUGGAGGAGACCAACAAUCGGAAAAGACCGAGUGGAUACCAUUUAGCCAAAAUUCAACAAGCGCCAGCAAUAACGAAAGCGAUUUGGUCUCCAGAGUUACCUAUGGAAAUACAAGGACUAUUUUCCAAUGCAACGACGAAAAAGAAACCCUUUCGGACUCUGCAGAAAGCGCGCAGGACGCGCCCGAAUGUGGGCAAUCUACUCAGCAUUUUAAUCAUUUAAAAAGUAUGGGGGAAACACUUAGGUAUCAGGACGACCUUGAGUUUAUGCUUCAAAGUGAAUUAGAUAUGACGACAAGUGCAAAGCUAUCUCGUAUGCUUAGUGUGGCUCUGAAUUUACUCAACAACCCGGGUCUUCUACAGUAUGUCGUUAAGCAUUGCCAAAAAGAAGUAUGGCGUUGGUCGCUGGAUAUGAGCAACAGCAAGGAUCCUGUCCUACUCCAACUCUGUGCAUUUGUAUUAGAUAUCGUCGCACUAGGCACCGAAAACUCUUUGUGGGGCUUCUUGGACUUCAACAGUUUCAUUUUGCCAUUAAUACAAUUCGACUAUAUCUCUUCCAAAGUUCACGGAAAUGAUCAUACCAAGGCCUGCUACCGGGAGUUCCUUGACCUAACUGGAUCGAAACCGGGAGCUUUCUAUGGUUUCAAGCUUUGGAACUCAAGUUUUGACCAUCAAGAAUUAUUGGAACACACUACUUUUCAAGAGAUAACGCAGCUCCUAAAAGACGAUAGUGUUUGUACUUCGCAGGUACUCGAAAUUGCUGAAAAGGCUCUCUGUAAAAAAGUCAGCGGUCCAAUAUGCUUUCUAGAACUUUUUGAAGUGCUAUGCUCGCUUUUCUCUUCAUAUAAGGAAAAUGACUGCUUUAUCAAAGUGCUUGUUAAAGUUACCAAUGAUAUAACUCAGGUUUCUGGUAUUGCAGCAUGUGAAGCGGCCAAAAUAUUGCAGAGGUCGUUAUCAUUCAUAUUCGAGCACUCUUCAUUUCUCCUCUAUGAUACAAAAGAUGAACUUAUGGAUGUGCUCAUUUUGCAUCUUGGAUUGUGCUUGAAUCUGGCUCAAACUUGCGGAGUUUUGGAGCAAGCACCCGAGACCAAAAUAAGUCAAAAACUAUACGGUGUAUUUCAAGCUUUGCAUCAGUCCUCGGACGAGUGUUCUGGUCGCAACUUCAAUCAGAACAUGUACAUUCUGAUAUGCUGCUACCUCUCGCAUCAUCAAAGAUUCACAUUUCAGCCGGCUGAACGAAGCUUUGCGCAAGUAAGACUGCGAAACUUCUCGGAAGAGAUAAAAGUAUACAACAAAUGCAUUUAUUUCAGUGUACAGAAAGUAUUAGAGGCCAAAUAUGUAUAA